AGUUAACCUUUCUGCUAUUUCUUUCUAUCGCCUCUUUUUCUCUCUCACUCAAACCCUAAAAAAAACUCUCUCUCUCAAACCCUAAUUUCGAUAAUGGCAGAGAGGGGCGGCGAGCGUGGUGGAUUCGGCCGUGGUUUCGGCGGCGACCGCGGUGGAAGAGGCGACCGUGGGAGAGGCGACCGUGGAAGAGGUCGUCGUCGCGCCGGUCGUCGUGACGAGGAAGAAAAGUGGGUUCCAGUCACCAAACUCGGUCGACUCGUCAAGGAAAAGAAGAUCACAUCUGUAGAACAGAUCUACCUUCACUCACUUCCCAUCAAAGAACACCAAAUCGUUGAUGAACUCCUCGGAAAUCUAAAAGAUGAGGUAAUGAAAAUUAUGCCUGUUCAGAAACAAACACGUGCUGGUCAAAGAACAAGGUUUAAGGCUUUUGUUGUUGUUGGUGAUGGAAAUGGACAUGUUGGUCUUGGUGUUAAGUGUUCAAAGGAGGUUGCUACUGCUAUUCGUGGUGCUAUAAUAUUAGCAAAGUUGAGUGUUAUUCCAGUGAGACGAGGUUUCUGGGGAAAUAAGAUUGGGAAACCACAUACUGUACCUUGUAAGGUUACUGGAAAGUGUGGGUCUGUUACUGUUAGGAUGGUUCCUGCACCACGUGGUGCUGGUAUUGUUGCUGCUAGGGUUCCUAAGAAGGUGUUGCAGUUUGCUGGUAUUGAAGAUGUUUUUACUUCUUCUCGCGGAUCUACUAAGACUCUUGGUAACUUUGUCAAGGCAACCUUCGACUGUCUGUUGAAGACCUAUGGAUUCCUGACCCCUGAUCUAUGGAAGGAGACUCGCUUCACCAAGUCUCCAUUCCAAGAGCACACUGAUUUCCUCUCCAAGCCAACUGCCAAGCUGACUUUGAUUGAGGAUGUCGAAAGGGUUGAAGCCUAAGUUUUUCUAUCUAGAUGAAUCAGCAAAGAAACUUUUUUUUUAGGUAUCUGAGUUAAUAGGUUUAUUACUAUUGAUGCUUUGGUUUAAUGACUUGCCUAUUUUGCUGAAAAGAAACCAUCUCAUCUCGCAGUUUUGUUUUUAUGCCUGGAUAUUUGUACUCUUUUUUUAAGGUUCAUAUAAAUGCAACUCUUUAUGUUUGAA